AUGCCGUUCAAACAACCGCUUGGCGAGCGAGACGCUGCAAAUCGAACAGCGCCUACGUUCAUCAGGGUUAGUCUUGAUACAUAUACUUUUUGUUAAAUAAAACUUAAACAAUUUUGAAAUAUUCCAGCCACUUGGUGAUAAACGUGCCGUCGUCGGUGAAAAAAUCGUUCUCGAAUGUCAACUUGAAGGACAUCCCGAUCCUGCUGUAAAAUGGCUGAAAGACGGGCACAAUGUUUCACUCUGCCCAGAUUAUCAAAUCGAGGAAAAUGGAAUGACUCAUCGCCUGAUCAUCCCGCAAGUUCAAGCUGCUGAUAAUGGUCGAUUCACUGCGCAAGCUGCAAAUUCUGCUGGAAUCAAGCAAUCCACAUGUAUCCUGAUUGUUGGCCCAGCUCCCACACCAGUGCCAGGCGCAAAAUCAGCCAUCGCUUCUCCUGCACCCCCUCAAACUCCAGUCGGACCAUCAGCUCCGAUUUUCCUGAAAGAUCUUCGACAUCAGCCAUUGAAGCCUGGAGCAAGUGUGACUUUUGAAGCGAGAGUUAUUGCAGUUCCUCAACCAACUAUUCAAUGGUUGAAGAAUGGAAAAGAAUUGCAAAAUUAUCGGUGAGCUUUAAUUUUUAAAUAUUUCUCUGAACGAAAAAAAAGAAAGAUCAACUUUUUUUGCAGAGCCCGUUUGGAGCAUGACACACGAUCUGGAAUUGUGUCUCUAACAAUUCCACAAAUGUUCAACGACGAUGUCGGCGAAUACACGAUCAAGGCAAACAAUGUGCACGGCGAGGCGAUCAGUGUUGCGCAAUUGUUGCCACGUGAACAGUAUGAUCGAUGGUUUUCCAACGAGCAAACGCGACUCACAAAAGAUCGCAAGCAGGGCGUCCUUUCGCAAGCGAUGCGUCCGAGUAGUGUCGCACAAAAACAAAUGGCCAAGCAGGGUUAUGAUACAGAUCAAGGAAGUGUUGACCUGGUUAGACACAUUUUUCAGGGGUUCUUGGAUUCAAAUUGGAAUAAUUUUUCAGCAUUGGGCGGUAUCCGAGUCUGAAACUGAGCCAGAGCUAUCUGCUCUGGAUGCCAAAGGCUCACCGGGAACCAAACCGAUUGUUCGAACUCCACUUCGUGGUCUACGAUUGACAGAAGGCACUGAUGCCAUACUCCAAGCAAAUAUCGUUGGAAACCCGAAACCUAGAGUAUGUUUAUUGAAAAUAAUUUUUUUUCUAGAUUCUAGAAAGAAAAUGUUUCAAUCUUCCAGAUUCAAUGGUUUUUCAACAAUAAGCCUUAUCAAGUAUCAGGUCCACGAAUCCAAAUGACCUACAAAGGCUCGCUGGCCGUCUUGAAAAUCUCAAUGAUUACCCCGGACGAGGCUGGCGAAUAUACAAUUGUGUCUGAAAAUCGAUUUGGAAAAGUGAGUUGUGUGUGUGUGUGUGCGUUCGGAGAGAAAUGCACUUCAAUAAAGUUUGGCUGCUGUCUCUCUUUUCUUUGCUGCGCGAUCGGAUUUGUUUGAGAAGUAGGAGGGCGAUGGAUAAGAAUGAAAAAUCGAGACAAAGAUGAUAGUGUUCUUUUGUGCUUGAGAUAAAUUGUGAAAUGGUUUUUUUGUUUCAAACUUUCCCCUUCUCUCUUUUUAACCGCUGUCAAGAUUUUCAGAGAACUUCCUUUACUGAUUUUGAAAAUCAAAAGAUCAAUUUCAGCUUCAGCUUAGCUUUGAUUUCACAACUUCUCUUUUCAAAACCCUAUAAAUUUCGAGCCAUUGAGAGGGAAAAAAACGGCGAGCGGGGGAAGAAGAUAAACAGCUCAGGAGCUCUCCCACCUUCUUAUUCUUCCUCUCCUUCCUGCCGGGCUGCAAAAAAAGCUAUAGCCAUUGGGAUCUAUUAGUUGUUAUCUUCGAUAUGUGAGAAGAAGAUGAAGAAGAAGAAGCAAAUCUUCUCUUUUGUUGUUUUUUAUUUGCGCUUUUAUAAUUGAAACAUUAUCCGGUGUGUGUAUUUUUUCAAGUUUUAGAACUUUUGAAGUUAGAUUUUUCGAGAGUUUCUAUAAGUUAUUUGAGGUUUUGCAUAGUAAGGUCGGAAUCUAUGUAGAAGUUCUAGAAUUUCGCUGAAACCCAAAUAUUUUCUGACUUAAAGUUCCAAUAACUUUUCUCAAUCAUACAUGAAACUGGGACUCCGAAUUCGGAGAGAGGGGGAUUAACUUCUGGUGGAUUUUUGGAGGUAGGGGGCUUAACUUUUGAAAAUUUUAGGGUAUUUUAUGUUUUUGGGAUAAAAAAUCAGAAAAAAAUGGUUUAGGGGGGUUAACUUUUCGAAAAUUUCCCUUAACUCGAGAGUCCUCGGAGCUACUAGUUAUAGAUUAUUUUCAGUAGUUUCAGAAUCCCGCUCCAAUUCUAUCACUAAUUUUUUUAGGUCUCAAUGAUUCCCAAACAAAAGUUCAUUCUUCUUCUUCUUCUUGUUUUUUUUUGAUUUAUUUAAUAUUUAGCUGAUCAAAUCUCUUUCAAGUAUAUUUAUCUUUCUUUUUUCUCGCACAUCACUUUGAUAUAUUAGUCAAUGGGAAUUUCAGAACUUCUCUCUCAUUUCUCUAAAAUUCAUCUUCCUACCUAACAAAUCGAACAUCUGGCUUCACACAAUAAAAUCAUAUUUUUUGCAGGUCGAAAGUUCGGCACGCAUCGAGGUCUAUCCACUGAGCGUCCCCGAAGAUCGACAAAGAAGAGAAGCCGCCGAACAGCAGCAGCAAAAACAUCAGCAACAAAUUCGAGAACAACAAGAGGUGAGAUACCGAUACCAUGAGAUAUUUUAUUGUUCAAUUUUAUUUCGACUCUAUUUUGUUGCUUGAUGACCAUGAGGCAGUUGUUGUUUGCGAAAAAUAGUGUAAUGCGGGUUUAAGAAGAGUUGGUAACAAUAUUUUUUUGGCUAGAAAAACAUCUGUGGCACUCAUCAGAAAUCAUAUUAUUGGUGGUGUGAAAAACAAUUCAUCAUCACUUCUUUUUUUUCAUGACAAUUUUCUAUCAGUCUUGACGAAAGAAAGAUAAACCCACUCAAAAUCAAAUCAAUUGUUUUGUUGCAGCGCGAACGACAAGCGCAAUACGAGGCGACUCUCGCACGUGAGAGGCAGGAGCGAGCCUCAAAAGAAGCUGAAAAUCGGCGAAUCAGAGAAGUAAAAACGUGCAAAAAAUGGAGUUGAGUAUCAAUGAACUUUUUGUUUUUCCAGGAACAAGAUCGUCUUCGUGCACUUUUCGAACGCGAAAAAGCCGAGCGAGAACGAUUGGAAGAAGAGAGACGAUUGCUUGAACAAGAAAAGUUAUUGAGGCAGCAGCAGGUUUGAAAUUGGCCUCUUUUCUUUAUCACCCAAUUUUAUUUUUUUUGCAGCACCAACAACUUUUCGAGCAACAACGUCAGCAAGAAGAACAUCUUCGUCGUCUUCAAAAACAACGUGAGAAUCAGCAGCAGCAACAAUUCUCACAGCAGCACCAACAUCAACACAACUGGCAAGAUCUUGUCAGUCGUCCACAAUAUAUUCAAGAAGAACCACAUUACGCGCAAAUUCGACACGCGCCUUCACAUCAGCAGCUAUACGAACAACAUCGUAGACAACAACAACAACAACCGCGGUAUCAACAAAGAGAGCAGCAACUCUUUGAGCCUACCAAUCAUUUUAAUCAGUAUCAGCAGCAUAUUCACGAACAACAUCAAACAAUGCCAGUAUUUAGACCAAUGGUGCAGCAGCAGCAAAAUCAAGCCAAUGGUGGAGUCAAAGCAGCAAAUGGCUCUGCCGGCAACGGAACAGUAGCAAAUGGCAGCACACAACAACAACCACAUAGAGGGCACGAACAUGGAGCAGCACUUGUCGCAGCCCGUCCACCACAAGUUCUAGUUCACCCACAGUCUGUCGCAGCAAAGGCUUGGGAAACUGUGACGUUCAGCGCCAAAGUCGUCGGACAUCCAACACCUUCUUUAACCUGGCAAAAAGCCGAUGGUGCAGCAAUUCAGAAUGGUGGAAAAUAUCGAAAAUCGAGACGGGACCCGAUGGUAGCAGCAAAUUGA